AUGGAAUAUCAGCCUUUGAUAAACAAGAGGAGUGGAAGCUGGCUUCCAAGUAUCAAAUUCUUUGGAGCGGUAUGUGCAGUAGGAAUAGGAGGAGCUUUUCAGUAUGGAUAUAAUCUAUCAAUUAUCAACGCACCUACAACACAUGUACACAAGUUCAUCAAUGAUACCUGGUAUGCACGGUACCAUUCCCACUUGGAUGAAAGUCUGUUGACGCUCAUUUGGUCUAUUAUUGUUUCAGUGUUUACAAUUGGAGGCCUCAUUGGGACAAUUGUAGGUGGACAUGCAGCAGCAAAGAUUGGCAGGAAGCAGACUUUACUGGUGAAUAAUGUUGUAGCAAUUCUAGCUGCUCUCUUCAUGGGAAUUGCACAACCUGCCAGGUUAUAUGAGCUUCUGAUAGUUGGGAGAUUCCUUAUAGGAUUUAAUGCAGGUGUUGGUUUGUGUGUGCAGCCAUUGUAUCUUGGAGAAAUAGCUCCCAAGAGAAUCAGAGGCCUAACUACAGUGGCAAUUAAUAUUUUCUUGACUGGCGGAAUCCUUACAGGACAAGUUAUUGGUUUACAGGAACUACUGGGCAGUGAGAACAACUGGUCUUUAUUGCUGGCUACAUGUGCCAUACCUGCUCUUCUACAGCUAGCUUCCCUGCCAUUCUUCCCAGAGAGCCCCAGAUACCUUUUCAUAGACAACAAAGAUGAAUAUCGGUGUCAAAAAGCACUCAAAGCGCUUUACGGUUCAAAUGAUUAUCAGAUGGAAAUGGAUGAUAUUCAAAAAGAAUCACAAGCUUUAAAUGAUGAGAAACCCAAAAAGGUACUCGAGUUGUUCUUCGAUCGUACGAUCAAAUGGCAGCUUAUAGCGGUCAUCAUCUGCAACAUGGGACAGCAGCUUAGUGGGAUCAAUGCAAUCUAUUUUUACGCAGAAUAUGUAUUUAAAAAAUCAGGGAUACCUGAACAAAAAAUUCCCUAUGUUACGCUGGGAACUGGAGUCUGUGAAUGUAUCACAGCAGUAACAUGUGGACUGUUCAUAGACAGAGCUGGAAGACGGUUACUAAUUAUUGGAGGAUACUCUUUGAUGGCAUUGUGGUGUGUUAUACUGACCGUGACAUUGUCAUUUCAGGAAGCUUAUACAUGGGUGCCGUAUUUCAGUAUGUCUACUAUACUUGCGUUUAUAAUGAGCUUUGGUUUAGGACCAGGUGGCGUUACAAAUACAUUAACUGCAGAGUUAUUUACUCAGUCAUCACGAGCUGGAGCAUUUAUAAUAGGAGGAUCUGUAAACUGGAUCAGCUUCUUUGCUAUAGGAAUAGCCUUUCCUUUCAUAGUGAAUGGGUUGAAUCAGUAUUGCUUCCUGUUUUUCUUUGCGGUGUGCACCUUGAUAGCAACUUUUAUUUACUGUAUUGUACCAGAAACAAAGAACAAAUCAUUCCUCGAUAUCAAAGAUGACUUUCAAAAACUGAACUUUGGUCGCAGGCACGGGAAAUCUCAAGAGAUAGCAAGUAUCACAAUGUAA